AUGCUUGGGCGACAUUCCCUCCUAAGACGGACCCGUCUCGAUCACCCAUCGACAUCUCCACUCGCUUUCGCGCUACGGAUCUAUGGUUCCUCGCUAAUACAUCAACGACCCGCUGAGGUGGGUCGAAGACGAUGGCUAGCAUCAAUAUCUCCCUGGGUUUCAACCUCGACUUCGACUUUUGCGCAUCAUCGAGGCAAUUCACCACCAGACGAAAACUCUACCCACCGUCCUACGCCUUUGGAUUCACUGCUCAAAGCUAUACGAUGUCAAGAGACUGGUCGCAUCCUCCCAACGUUCCAAGCCUGGGUCCAAUCAUUGGCCAACGAUGAUGCUGAGGUCGCCAACGCAGCUCUUCAAGAGCUAGCGGGGCUUCCUGUUGCAACUUUCUCUGAGAUUCUUCGAGCACUUGACCCCGUUGCAAACAAACAUCUCGAUGUUGCACACGAUAUCGCCGUCUCUCCUGGAGAAAUGCAGUUCACAAACGCACACUUCCUUGUAGACAAAUUCGGCGUACGGUACCAGCAUCGCUUUGUCCUUGACGCCUUGAAGAUUGUUUUUAAAGCUCGUCGUGAUGGAGGCCGUAACCUUGUCCUCUCUGACUUCGAGGUCCUUAUCCGUUGCGCCGGCGCUGCUGGAGACUUGACAGAUGUUGCCUACUUUUUCAGUACAAUGCAACGCAACGGCUUGGGAUCAAAGCGCAGCACGAGAACUUGGAACGAGUUCUUCAAGGCUCGCUACAUGACCGAUCCUGUUUACUACCAGUAUCACCGACAGAGAGUCCUUUAUAAGCCUCGUGAGGGGUACAAAAUAUUUUUCAGGAUGCCUCUCAACAACCUUAAGCGACUGGAAAGUCUCCGACACAGCCGGAAUGCCCUUGGGAUGACCCCUUUCAAUCGUCAACGACAUCGCCUAUGGGCAGAUAACAUGUUAUGGAAGCGCAAAAAGACAGGUUACCAAAGUUACUUCGCACAUUGGCGCCGCAGCAAGAAUUCUGGUGUUCUACUCAAUGAGGAACUGCUUUGUACCACUCUGAUUGCAUUCGCUCGCAGUGGCUCGUUCCAACACAUGCGGGGCAUUGUCCUCAAACGAGGUUUCGGUAUCGGACUGGUAGAAGACAGAAAGACCGGCACCUUCACCAUCAAUGGUUCCAAGGCGUUUCGUCCAGGCAAUCCACGAGCUCCCACUGAGCGUCUGCUGAAUGCUAUCGUCGAAGCAUUUGGGUCCAUGAUGCGUAUUCGAUUGGCAUGCCAACUCCUCAUCCACGUCUCUGAUGCCUACCAAAUACCCAUUCCACGCGAAACAUGGUGUAAUCUCUUCAACUGGGCCUAUGUUUGUAGCGUUAAAUCAAAUCAGCGUCAGCGUCGGUUCAUGUAUUUCUUUCCGCCCUCUUCAAACGUGACUCCAUCAACAGUUACCGAGAUUUGGGACACAAUGACUUCAGAACCUUACAACGUCGAGCCUUCGUUUGAAAAUUACAUCGUCUACAUCAACUCGCUUAUAUUUAAGCAGGCCUUCAGUUCGGCAUUGAAUAUGAUACGCGACCAUGCUGUUCCUCAUUACCGUCAGCUUGAGAAAAAGCAACUACAGAGCGUGUUUGACGACGUUCUCCAGGAAGCCUCGGAGCCCAGCCACAGCCGCCGAACAAUUGAAACACAAAAGGAGCACGCUUGGUACCAGAUCGCAAAAUGCCUGGAAAAUUUGCUCAGUACCGCUUCCAAGAACAGUCGCCAGCGAAAGGGCAACUUUACAACCACUGCCAUACCACACAUCAUCACAGAAUUCAGCGAAUUUCUACACGACCAGAUACGCUAUCGUACCUCCCAAGGCUACGUAUGCCUGGAACGCUCAGUCGAGUUGCCACGCUUCAAAUGGGUUACAUCUUUACGAACAACACUGCCUCAGUUAAAGGGCGGUGUGGAAACGCAGAUGAUGGUGAGCAAGGGCGCGGUUGAAGAGGCAGAAACCUACGAAGAGCGCAAAGAGAACUGGCCCAGAGACCCCGAGAUGAAGAUACUUGAAUGGAGGCGUAAACCGCGGCCGAGACCCCGUGCGAAGGGGCCUGCGCCCGAGAGGACGGCCGUGGACAAGUUGGAGUGGUGGAAGAAUUUAGAAGAUGAGUUAAUGGUGUAGAUAUAAGGUAAUGGUUGUAGAUCUAGACUAUAGGCAUCUAGAUGCCAUGCAUCAUAGACUUGACGCAGCGA